AUGUGGCUCAUAUUAAUCUUUCUUGUCCUUGACAUUCAUACAAUUCACGGUGAUUUCAGUCCUGAUACAACUGAUUUUGAUGCUUAUGGUGUAAAAAUAGCUGCCAAUAAUAUUCUUUUGGUCGAAGCGCAAAGUGAAUCUCAAAUAUUUUUAGUUCGAUUCUCUCCAUACAAUUACACACAAAAUACAUUACAGUGUUCAAUUGAUUAUGAUGAUCCUGCUCAUUAUGUCUUUUCGGUGAAUGUAGGACUGAAACAAAACACAACUGUAAAGCCAUACUUUUAUUUUACUGGUGAAGUAGUUGCUCAAGGAUAUUCGAGUACCGAUUCAGCAGGUAAUAAUGGUACAUUUAUUGGUGUGUGGAUCAAUCAAGAUGCACAAAGCAUACAAACUUAUAUUACUAAUCAACAGGCUUUAUCCUGUGAUAGCUUUGCUGUCGAAAGUCUUCAAUUUAUUUCAACAUAUGAUCAUCAAGAAUUUUUUGUAUUGGCUGUCGAAUCUUACGGUCUAUAUGCCAUUGGUCUGGCUAUGGAUUUUAUUUUUUUCUAUCAGCCUUUUUCUUAUGCUAAUAUUACUCUCAAGAGAAGUACACCUGUUUGGCCGAAUAAUGCAACAUUUGAACCACUUGCAGCUGAUGCAAGUGAAUCAUUUACAAUUGUAGCUGGUUUCGUACAGAAUGCCCCUAACGCUCGAGUACGCGCAACACCUACUGUCUAUGUAUUAGAUAACAGUAAUCUCACCGUAUUAGUUUCAUGGUUCUAUACUAGUCUUAACGGCUCUUGA